UUUCAUUGCACUGUAAGAAGAUCCUUCUUUAUCCACAGCCAUGGCAGGACUUUCAGAAGCACAGUGGAAUGAACUCUUGGCCUUUUGGGACAAAUAUGUUGCCCCAAGUUCUUCAGAGCAUGGCAAACACAUUUUAAUUCGCAUGUUUGAUGCAGACAAAGCAACUCAGGCCCUCUUCUCAAAGUACAAAGAUAUCCCUACUUCAGACCUAGCAGCCAAUGCUGAUGUAAAGAAACAUGGUGGUGUUGUUGUCGAUUUCUUGGGGAAGCUGCUGAAACUGAAGGGUCAGAAUGAUAGUCAGCUACACACUAUGGCUGAAUCUCAUAAGAACAAGCAUCGGAUUCCACUGGAUUACUUUCAACUAAUUUCUACUGUCAUUGAUGUGUACGUGUAUGAAAACCUGCCAGGAGAGUAUGGACCUGUCCGGGAAUCCUUGAAAGCAGCUCUGAGCCAGAUUGCCAAUGGCCUAAAAGCCAAUUAUGCCAAAGUAUAACUCUAAGGAAAAAAUGAUGACCUUAUUUGCUACUUUUCCAUAAAAGAAGUACACUUAAAAGGAAAAGAGAGGAAAAAAAAUUGAAUCGCUUUGUAAUGGACCAUCACCUACAGUUUAAUGGAGCUUUAGUAAAGAAAACUGAAAACAAAUACAUUUUGACUUAUAUCUGUUCUAUAUUUAGGGAAGUAACUGAAUGUGAGUUUAAAGUAGCACUGAUACAACUUUUGAAUUAAGUAAUUGGAAGUUAUUAAUACUAACUAGAAAAAUCUCUUAUUAUAAAUGACAUUAUCUUACAGCAAUUGUAUUUUCUCUGCUUGUGGGCCUCAUACUUGAAAAGGUCGCUCUCAGCUCUCAUUAAGCACAUAUACAGGACUCUACUAUAGAAUUCACAGACAAGGUUAUGGUUUUGUAGUGAAAAUAAUAUGUGUCAAGAGGACUGAUGUCAGAUAUGUUCACUGUUCCCAAUGUCAUACUUGACAAUUUCUUAAUAAAAUAAAAUACUAUCUA